AUGGGGAAGUGGACCUCAAAACCGACGGAUGGGGGCGAACUGGACUCGCAGGGGUCGGCGGUUCUUGCUGUUGCUGCUGCUGCUGCUGCUGCUGCUGCUGCUGCAAAUCCCGACGCCGACGCCGACGACGACGGUGACGCCAGCCUGCCCCGACCUCACAGCCCCCAGUUCCAGACCACAAACAUGGCGAAGAAGGCCAAAUCGCGCGUCAUCAGCGUGCGCCUUGUCUCCAUGGCCAUGACGGGCUACUUCUACACAUUCACCCGGCCCCGCACGUCUCUGCCUCUGAGCAUGAUUAAAUAUGACCCCAUCGUCCGGAGGAGAGUCCUCUUCCUCGAGCAAAAACGAAAGGGCAAAUAA